UCUCUACCUCGACGCUUCCGGCUCGGAUGUCAUCGUCUACCCCCACUCGGACUUUAAUUGCGCUCUGAAGCACUCGGCCAUGGCGCUUCCCCCUCGACCGUGACUUGAGAUUUAGAUUCCCCAAGAGGACGAGCCAAAUCCAUUCCUUCCCCAAAACGUAUCUGUUUUGGGAUUUCUGGAGGUGCUGGUUAGAUUUUCGGGAAUGGGUUCCUGAGCCUUUCUGUGGGAUUCUCCAUUCUGAUCGAGGGUUGACGUAUUGUUUAGCUGAGUUUGCAUAUGUGCACAUUCCAUUGUUGGACAAUCGAGGGGAUACGACUGGUUCAGCCUAGUGCUAUUCUCGAUCGUGAGUCUGGUUGAUGGCAGGUUCGCAUCGUAGGAGCCACGAUGGGGUUGGAACCAAGGGGCAGGCGACCAGUAACCAUCAGGAUCAGAACGGGCACAGGGAAGUCAGGGAUGCCACGGCUGGGGAAGGUCAAGGACUCUCGGAAGAAGAUGAGUCCAAGAUCAAUGUCGUGGUCGGAGAUCUGAACAAUAACCAGAUAGCGGAUGUCGCACAGCCUUCACAACAGUGUGGUGAUCCCCAGAAGCAGCAGCAACAGCCGCUGGGGCCAAUCGUCCGCUGGGAGAGGUUUCUUCCCAUCAGAACACUUAAGGUUUUGCUUGUGGAGAAUGACGACUCCACCCGUCAAGUUGUCAGUGCAUUGCUCCGCAACUGCAGUUAUGAAGUUACUGCUGUUGCAAAUGGUCUACAAGCAUGGAAAAUAUUACAGGAUUUAACUAAUCAUAUCGACCUUGUCAUAACUGAGGUUAUCAUGCCCGGUUUAACAGGCAUUGGUCUUCUGAGCAAGAUCAUGAGCCAUAAAACUUGCAAGACUAUUCCUGUGAUCAUGAUGUCAUCAAAUGAUUCCAUGAAUACAGUCUUUAAAUGUCUGUCAGAAGGUGCAGUUGACUUUUUACUGAAACCUAUCCGGAAGAAUGAGCUUAAAAAUCUUUGGCAGCAUGUAUGGAGGAGAUGCCACAGCUCCAGUGGUAGUGGAAGUGAAAGUGGCAUCCAAACCCAGAAAUCAGUUGAGUCAAAGAGUUCUGAUGACUCUAACAAUAGCACUGGAAGCAAUGAUGAUGAGAAUGCUAGUGUAGGGUUGAAUGCAAGAGAUGGCAGUGAUAAUGGAAGUGGAACUCAGAGCUCCUGGACAAAGUUUGCUGCAGAAGUUGACAGCCCCCAACCUAUGUGUCCUUCAUAUCGGUUAGCAGAUCCACCUGACAGUACUUGUGCACAGGUCAUUCUCCCAACAACUGAAACCUUCUGCCAAGAUCAGGUUCCUACAUCUGCCAAUAGUGACAACCAGGGUAAAAAGGAACUUCCUGAUGAUUGCAUGAUCAAAGACUUGGAAAUUCGAGGACACAGGACCCUAGAAAUGCAAUAUGAAACUCAUCAAAUUGAGCAGGACUGUAUCAAGCUAACAAACACAAAAGCGGGUAACUUGUCUGAAACGGACCCCAAGAUUAAGGGAUGUUUAGGCGCUCUUUGCAACAAUGUGUUGGAUGAGCCAAGUUCUAAUCCGAUUGGUGUGACUGCCAAUAGCUCAGAUACUCGAGUGCUGACCACGGUUAUUCAGGCUCCUAGUGGCUUCUCAAAGUUCUCAGAAGGCCAAGACAAGAUUAAUUACACCUCUGUGGAUCUACCAUCCCUUGAGCUGAGUUUGAAGAGACUGAGAUCGAUUGGUGAGAGCAGAACUGCCACUCAAGUUGACCGCAAUGUUCUAAGACAUUCAGAUAUGUCUGCAUUCUCAAGAUAUCACACAUCUUCUGCUUCUAAUCAAGCUCCUACUGGAUGUGGACAAAGCUGCUCUCCACUUGAUAACAGCUCAGAAGCAAUUAAGACAGAGUCCACAUACAAUGUAAUCUCUACUUCAAAUGCGGCUCCCUUGAAACAAGGUUCCAAUGGCAGUAGUGAUAACAAUGAUAUGGGAUCCACUACCAAGAAUGUCUUCACAAAACCCUCAGCUUUUCAUCCGGUGCAGUUUCGAGCCUCAGAAAGUCAGGAGCCUGCACAACAGAAUGUGGAAAAUGUGACAAUAGCUUCAGCCACAGGUCAAUCAAGGGAGAUUCAGCAUCAAGCUCAGGCUCAACAUCAUCAUCACCACCACUAUCAUCAUCACCACCACCAUAUUCACAAUGUGCAGCAGCACAAACCACAGCCACCAAAAACUCACAAUGAUUUGCCACUCAAUAACAGGGCAGGAUCUGCACAACAGUGUGGGACUUCCAAUAGGCUGCUUGAGGGUGAUGCUGCAAAUUAUAGCAUAAAUGGAAGCAAUUCAGGCAGUAAUCACAGUAGCAAUGGGCACAAUGGAAGUCAUACGGUUAUCCAAACUGGAGGAUUGAAUAUAGAGAGUGCUAAUGGUAUUGCAAACCAAAGUGGACCUGGAAGUGGGAGUGGCAGUGGUAGUUUAAUAGAUGAGAAUCGGUUAGCUCAACGAGAGGCUGCCUUGAAGAAGUUUCGACAGAAACGGAAAGAAAGGAAUUUCGGAAAGAAGGUCCGCUACCAAAGCAGGAAGAGACUCGCAGAGCAGCGGCCACGUGUUCGUGGACAAUUUGUUCGGCAAUCUGUGCAAGAACAAAGUAGCCAAGAUGCAGAUAGAUAACCACCAUGCAUGUGGUUUUCGGGGCUACUAAAGUAUUAGAAAGUAGGCAUUUGAAAUUGCUUGAUGAAGAACAGUUGAUUGAUGGAUAGUUUCCAGUUAAAUGAUGUGAGAACACUAGAUAGAAAUGACUUUAUGUAUUGUACCAGUAACAAUCACAUGUGUGUAUGUUUCUUUUUUUGCCUCUUUGUAAACCCUGGAGAGGUAUCAAUCAGCUAUACUAAGUAACUGCAUUCCUAAAUCGCUAGAAUUUGUAGUUUCA